AUGGCGCUGGAUUUUACGCCUCGGCCAGACAACUCGGAGCGAGGCGUCCAGGUGGUCGAGGCACAAGGCUAUGCCGGAAGCGCGCCGAAAGACUUGCUUGUCAAGACCGAUGCGGCAUUAAAGCCUGCAUUUGGUGGCGCCUUGAAGCGACCCUUGGUCUUCAAGCCACUGCCGACGACACAGCGCUCGAAAGCUGUCUCGCAAAAGCCUGGGGUCAAACGCACGGCCCUGAACGGAGCCGACAGUGGCAGCGACAGCGACAGCGACGGUCAUGUCGAGCCCAAUUCCUCCACUGUGGAGAAUGGGAACAAAACAGCAACGUCUCACAAAGGCCAAGGCGUCACUGCAUCCAAUCUAUCAUCUCUACCUGUCGUGCCUGAACAGGUCGCCAAAGCGAUCCGUGCAGCAUCGACUCUUGAAAAAUCCUACCCAGCCCCCUCGAAAUCUGUAAAAUCCUCUCGGCCGAGCUUCUUUGUGUCCAUCGAUCGUCCCGAGGCUGUGCAGAUUGCCCGUGUCAGUCUCCCGGUCGUCGGAGAAGAACAAGCUAUCAUGGAGUCCAUCUACGAGAACGACGUAACUAUCCUCUGCGGCGAGACAGGUUCAGGAAAAACAACACAAGUUCCACAGUUCCUAUAUGAGGCCGGCUUCGGAGAUCCCAAGCAUCCCAAGUUCAAGGGUAUGAUCGGCAUAACCCAGCCGCGACGUGUUGCUGCCGUAUCGAUGGCCAGCCGUGUUGGCGAAGAAAUGUCGCUCACCGGCGGCCAGGUUGCAUAUCAGAUCCGUUACGACUCAACCACUGUCAAGCCUUCAACGAGAAUCAAGUUCAUGACGGACGGCGUUUUGCUGCGCGAGCUGAGCGGGGCCCUGGGCAUCCACAGUGAAGGCUCAAGUGCCUCGGAGCGCGGACCCUCCGGUGACUUGCUGCUGAAGAAGUACUCAUGCAUCAUUAUCGACGAAGCUCACGAGCGAACCGUUGGAACAGACGUCUUGAUUGGAUGGCUUACCCGAAUUGUGUCCAUCCGGAAUUCGGGCAAGAUCAAGGGAGUGGACCCGCUCAAGCUCGUGAUUAUGAGUGCCACGCUGCGUGUCGAAGAUUUUACCGAAAAUAAGGGUCUAUUCCCUGGCCCUUCCAAACCCCCGGUCAUCAAGGUCGACGGACGGCAGUACAAGGUAACUGUGCACUACAACAAGAAGACUCCAGAGCUGGACUAUGUCAGCGAAGCGUACAAGAAGGUAUGCAAGAUCCACACGAAGCUCCCAAAGGGCGGUGUGCUCGUCUUUCUAACCGGCCAGCGAGAAGUCAUGUCGCUGGUGACGAAAUUGCGCGACCGCUUCCCUCAGAAAGAUUUGCGGACGGACUCGGCCCUUGAAGGGACCAAGAUGUCUGAAAAGGGGGAGGGCAGCGGAAACGGAAUGAUGGACGAAGUCGAGGAAGCCGAUCUCGAUGCAACCGAUCUCGCCAACGAUGACUUUGUCUACGACAGCGACGAUGGAAGCGACAAUGAAGAAAGCGAUCUCGAGGUUCUCCCCGGCGAAGACGGCGAAGACGACGCAGACGACGCAGCUAAUGAUGCUAGAGACGAAAAAGUCGAGGCGCCCCUCCAUGUGCUGCCGCUAUAUUCGCUGCUCUCCACCAAGGCACAGAUGAUGGUGUUUGAGCCGCCUCCAGAAGGUGCACGGCUGGUUGUGGUUGCCACAAACGUUGCGGAAACAUCGCUUACUAUUCCGAACAUGCGAUAUGUCGUUGACUGCGGCAAGGUCAAAGAAGUAGGCGUCACUAUCUCUCGCCUACGAUACGAUAUACAUACUGGUGUUCAAACGUUCCAGAUUCACUGGACCUCACAGGCCUCGGCUGACCAGCGUGCUGGUCGUGCUGGCCGUGUAGGUCCUGGUCACUGCUACAGACUCUUCAGCUCCGCCGUGUUUGCCAACUACUUUGAGAAGUUUACCAAGCCGGAAAUCUUGAGGAUACCAAUUGAAGAUGUGAUCUUGCAGAUGAAGGCCAUGGGCAUCCAAAACGUCGUCAACUUUCCUUUCCCGACAAUACCGUCGCGCGACCAGCUCAAACGCAGCGAAAAUCUUUUGACGCAUCUGGGCAUACUGGAAGUAUCGGGGGCCGUCUCUAGGAUCACCGAACUUGGUAAGGUCGCGUCUCGGUUCCCUGUUUCGCCAAGAUAUGCAAAAAUGAUUGUUGUGGCUGCACAACAGAAAGACCCGGCGAUUCUUGGAUUUGUUAUCGCUAUCGUGUCGGGCCUUUCUGUUGGCGAUCCAUUCGUAAUGGAUGACGAGAUCCUGAAAGAAAUCGAAGACGCCGCCGAUACCGACGAAGGAGACGAAAAGUCGCGCAAGUCAUCAAAGCGAGCCGAGUGGUUCCGGGCCAGACACAUGUUUGAGGGGGCCGCUCCGACGUCAGAUAUACUUCGACUCCUCGCCGCCUUUGGCGCGUACUCGUGUGAGGCACGCAAGUCCCAGCAUGCAGCGCACCAGUUUUGUCAAGACUACUUCCUUCGCCCCAAAGCCAUGGAGGAAAUGCUGAAACUGCAGUCGCAGCUCCGCAACAUUGUCAAGGACACGCUUACGGAAGCCGAACUCUAUCCUGCAGCCAUAGCCAUGGAGCGCCUUGGCAAAUUGACGCCACCGACUGCAAAACAAGGAGUGCUUGUCCGACAAAUCCUGUUGGUGGCAUUCCCAGACCAUGUUGCGCGCCUAGACGAGAGCUACCGCGGCCCCAAAGAUGCCUCUCCUGUUUACCAGACAAUGUGGGCGGAAAAGGAUGAAAUUUUUGUCAUCCAUCCAAGCAGCUGCCUGCACAACGAACGGCCUGCUCCAAAGUGGAUCGUCUACGGCGAGAUCGUCGGCAAAGAAGAGCGAGUCAGCGCCGAUACCAGUGGCUUGGUUGGCGUACGAGGCGCGCUCAGCAUGGAUGGAACCAAGGUCGGAAACGACGGCAGUCUCGUCGCGCAGUUUGGAGCGGUGCCUUCUGGCUCGCGGAAGAAAAUCUGGAUCAAAUCCGUCACGUCGGUUGCAGAGAACUGGAUUGCAGGGAUGAUGCCCGCGUCGUUGUGCAGCACAGGGCGAAUCCUUGAUGAUCCAGAGCCUAGAUACAACCCCAAGAAGGAUAGCAUUGCCGGAUUCGCCAUUCCUACGCUUGGCCCGAAACUGUGGAUGCUGCCGACCCGGGAGAUCGAUUUGCCGGAAGGGAUGCUGAAAUAUGCCUAUUUUGCCAAAGCUUUACUCGAAGGGGUCCUUGACUUUGAGCGCAACUCCAGAGAUUGCUUCAAAAUUCUGGAGGUAUGA